AUGUCCCUGGGCAGCCCGUUCCAGCGCUCUCGCCGCGCUCUGAGGGAGCAGCGCCGGCUCCAGCUCCCGUGCAGCGGGCAGGCUCGCUCGGAGCCCCGGCAGCGACAGCCAGGGCAGCAGCGCCGAAGGGAGCCGCGCAGCCCCAGGGUCCUUCCCAUUCAACACCCUGAAAAGAGGGAGAGCAGGGGAGCGAACCUCGAUCGUUACGCGCCCGGCACCCGGACAGCGCUGCCCAGACAGUGCGGAAACCGCGCGGGUGGGCAGCCCCGGCCGGCGGCCCCUGCUCCUCAUGCAGACGGGGGCUGCCAGCGGGAACAGCUCCGCGGGCUCAGGGACCGGCCCCCAGGCUUGCGUGGCGCCCACCCGCCCAGGGCUUCCUUCCCGGCUUCCCUCCCGACUUCCUUCCUGGCCCCAGCGCCACUGCCAGCCCCGCCGCCCGCGAGCGAGCGCGGCGGGGGCGCUCCGUGCGCAGGCGCCCCGGGCCGCGCCUGCCCCGUGCAGCGAACGGCGGGGGGGUGGCCGAGCCCGCCCCUGCGCCCGCCGGGCCGCGCUCGGCGCUGUCCCCGCCUGCCUCCGCCUCCAGCUCCGCCCGGGCGCUGGGAGCGGCGGCAACUUCCCCUCAAGUCCGCCCGGCGGCCGGGGGACGAUGCGACCCAGCUGAGUCCGGGCGCGCUGAGGACGGGCAGCGUCGGCAGCAGCGGCAGCCCCGCCGCCCGAGUCUGA